GAGAACCUGUCAGAAAAUGUCAAAAUGUUCCCCCGUCCCUGGCAGAUGGGGCAUCUGAAACGCAACGGGACAAUCCUGGGAUGUCAUUCUUGCGCUCUGAAGUUGGUAGAAUCGAUCAGCUUCAGGUUUGUUUUUUUAGUUUUACAGUAGAAG